AUGCCACCUGGGAUAAUAAUGCCCCAGGAAGCUUCUGGCUCGACGCAGACCAUCCGGGCCGUAAAGUGCUUCAUCACAUGGAGAUACUGGCUUUGGAGAGUUCAUGAGAAUAGUGACAUCCAACAAGAUGGUAAAGAGGAGGGAAUAGAUAAUGAGGGCAAUCUAAACGCUCCAUGUCGUAUUCUAUUGCAGUUCGAAGGCUUGGAGUGGCUCAUGUACAACCGUAGCAUGGUAUUCGACGAUAUCCUCGAGCAAGUGCAGAAGGCAGAAACUCAAAAUGAGCGUGCAAAGGACAACAAAGCUGACCGGAGCAAAUGGAGCCCCGAAACACGAGUUACCUCCGUGCAUGCUCGUGAACUGACACAGUCAGCGGUUAUUCCCAAGCCCCUUCACGAGCAACCUUAUGCCCCCUUUGGCAUUCGUCUCAGGCUACCGCGAUUUGACCUUCCCUCUCAGGUUUGGUCAUGGUUGACGUCACAACUACCUACAUUUAACCUCAAUGACUUGCUUCCAAUCGCAUUACAAGCUAAAAGAGGGGCGAUCAUGCUUGGUAAUCCUUCUACCCCAUCUAGGUCUUCCCAUGAUCAAUAUCGGCAAACGUACAAACUCAGCUUUAGUCACGUAUCUCUGACCGCAGAAGAUAAUCCAGACUAUGAAUUACCUAUGGUUGAAACAGGGAAAAAGUUAUACAACCAGGUCCUUCAGGAAAAACCGGGGUCUAUGAUGGGCUAUGCAUUCUCAACCUUCCGCACCGCGAUUUUUGGCAUACCCAUUUUUAAUAUUCGGAAAACCGAACCUCCUGUUAGGGCACCUCCCAAACCAUGGACGGGGCUUAGUACAUUCAUGACCGAAGCAGAGAAAGAACAAGCCCGACGGCAAGCCCACGAAGAGAGCAAAAGACUAGCAGAGCAGAGGCGUCAUGAAGUAGGACCUGAAUAUGCGAUCGAGAGGAACAUCUUGGAAACACCGAGCCUGGAAGUGAUAUAUUAUGCAGAUGUUGCGGGAUUGGUGCCCACAGAUCCUCUUUCGCUAGAGGGUACUCACGAAUUCAUCGAUAUCGGGAACGGUGAUAUAGCUCCGCAGUGGGGGGUCGACUUAGUGAUGCAUGGGGGGACACUCACUUAUGGCCCUUGGGCUGAUCGCCAACGUGCACACCUACAGAAGGCAUUAUUCCCCCCGACAUAUGCCGAUUCAUCACCUAUUGAACUCUUAAAGCCAGGUGAUACUCGUGUGUGUACAGAAUUUCGUCUAUUCUUAGAGCUUGACAGUGAAGUCAAACUCCGUGUACCCACGAGAGAGAAAUCUAAAGAUUGGCAAUUUGACCAACUGCCAGACUUAGGCCAGAGUCGUAGAACAUCAGAAAGCGGCUAUGCCACCACAUUAAAGAUUCAGCUCGCGCAAAUCUCUAUGGAUUCCAGCGUCAAUAACAAAGUCUUUUUGAAGGCAGAAGCAUGUCGGAUUCAAUGUGAACUUCCGACACCUCUAUAUUGGAGGAAGGAAAGGCAAUGGUGUUUUCAUAUCGCUCUUCAACAGCCAGAUAUCUAUCUCCUUCGCGAUCAUAUUACUUUAUUCACUGAUCUCGGGAAAGAUUGGAGCUCUGGACCGCCAACGAGCAUGACCCAUUUUAUCCCAAUGUUAUACACUGUCCGACUCGUCCUCAAGGAUUACGCUAUAUCGCUUAAUGUUAACGAUCAAAACAUAAUCGAUUCUCCGACUGACCCGGAUGCUAAUGUUCUCUUCACAUUGAAGGGCUCGAACCUGAAUAGCUCUGUUGAUAUUCCGUCUCUCACCUACAGACCAGAAGCUACAACUGUCCCAUUUUCGUUGGAUUCUGCCGACAAGCUAGGACUAUGGCUUACGUUUCCAAAAUGGAACACCAGGGCCGCACAUGCCACAGAACAACUCGCCGAAAUUGGCAGAAUUGAUAGUAUCAGAGUAGAUGGAUCUUAUCGCUACUAUUCUGACGUUGAUCCUGCGUUUGUGGAUCGCUUAAAACUUGAUAUCAAGGGUCGUACCUGUACCUUCAAAUGUUUUGGAUGGGUCAUUAGACACUUCAUGGUUCUACAAGCUAAUUACUUUGGCUCAUUUACUAAUUUCAUACUUCCUUCGGAGGCGAUCAUGAAAAGAGGGCGAGGACAUCCAUUGGGCGACCCUAUUGACGCAAAGUAUCGAGAAGGGCAGUUCAAUACCACCGAAGUUUCAAUGGAAAUCCACGUCUCUGAUUCUACUGUCGUCCUACCGGAAGCAUUUCUUGGAUACGAAAAGGCAGAUAACCCAUCAUCCGGAGAUCUGCAUGGUGUCGGCCCUUGCGUUCUUUUAGCAGUACCAGAUUUGUCUCUAUCAUUUCGCCUUCACGAUUAUGCCAUGGAAAUGACACUCAACGUGCAUCCGGUCCAAAUAUCUUCCGAAGCGGACUGUUCAGAUGAAAUGUUAUGGUCUGCUGCCACCCAUCAUCUACGUCGUACCACCAUCUUGACCAUAUCUGAGCUGAACAUUAUUGCACAUCGACUGUUUGGCCCUAGGCCACAUAAUGCUACAUACGUCUGCAUUUGGGAGAUAAUGGCUGGCGACAUUAGAGGAACCGUGUCACCCUCAGAUAUUCCCAAAAUCGCUGCCGCCCUUACGUCUUUUCAAUUAAACUUCAAAGAUGAAUUGAACGCCCCAGCGCAAGAGUAUAUGCCAGAGCUUUUCCCGGAUG